UUUCUCCCGUGAGCGUCAUGUUUGUGAUUCCACGUUCAGUUUGAAUCCUCGGCGGCUCGGAGUGGCACAGACAGGACGCCAUGUCGUGCCCACGCGCAGCCUCCAUGCAGCCCGUAGGAACUCCCCGCGGCGGCAGAGGGAACCAAAGUGGCGGCCGCAGCAAAGGUCUACAGAACAUCAAGGUGAGCGAGGAGGUGAAGAUCGCAGUGAACGUCGCGAUGGAGCGCUUCCGCUACAGCGACGAUAAAGAGCUGGAGUUCCCUUCCUCGCUGACUAAAACGGAGCGCGCCUUCGUCCACCGCCUCUGCCAGUCGAUGGGACUCAUCUCCAGGAGUCGGAACAAGGGGCCGAUGCGGUGCCUGACCGUGCGCAAGAAGGAGAGUGCGGAGGCGGCGGGCGCCGAGAUGUCAUUUGUGCUGUCGCACCCGGCGCGCCACGCCGCCCAUGCGCUGCUGCAGCGCUUCCCCGUCACCAGCAAGGAGCGCACCGAGCUGCUGCCCCGCACGGACCGAGCGCCGUCUGGUGUCGGCUCCGACCCAGGGGUGAGGCACGAGAUGAGCAGGCUGAGCGGGCGGCUCAACAACGGGAUCCCUCAGGUCCCGCCGCCGCGGGGGCGCUCGGAGCUGGAGGCGUUCCGCCAGACCCUCCCCGUGGCCGAGUUCCAGGAGCAGCUGCUGGGCACCAUCGCUAAGUCCAACAUCCUGCUGGUGCUGGGCGAGACGGGCUCUGGCAAAACCACGCAGAUCCCUCAGUACAUCCUGGACGAGAGCACCCGCCUGGGGUGGCCGUGCCGCGUGCUCUGCACGCAGCCGCGCCGAAUCUCUGCUGUCGCCGUGGCCGAGAGGGUGGCGGCGGAGCGAGGGGAGGGCAUCGGCCAGACCGUCGGCUACCAAAUCCGGUUGGAGAGCAGGGUCUCGCCAAAGACACUUCUCACGUUCUGCACCAACGGCGUGCUGCUGAGGACCCUCAUGUCCGGAGACAGCGCCAUGUCGACCGUCACGCACAUCAUCGUGGACGAGGUCCAUGAACGCGACCGCUUCUGCGACUUCCUGCUCAUCAAGCUGCGCGAUAUUCUGGAGCGGCAGUGCAACCUGCGCGUCGUGCUGAUGAGCGCCUCCCUCAACGUCUCGCUCUUCUCCAAGUACUUUGGCGGCUGCCCCAUCAUCCGCUUGCCCGGGAGGCUGUUUGAGGUGAAGCGGCUCUUUCUGGAGGACAUCCUGCGCACCACGGGUUACAAGUCCAAGGAGAUGGAGAGAUACCAGAAGGAGAAAGAUAAACUGGAGAGCCAGCAGAACAAGCUGAGCGAAUGGUACGAGGCGAAGGAGACGGGAUCGAGCGUGCCAGUACGCAGUGCCAGCGCCGCAUGCCUCCCGGAUCACACCAAGAUGCUCAACGACGAAGGGGAGAGCGCCUUCGUACAGGAGGCGGAGCGCGAUGGCUCCAACCUGGAGCCGUGGCUCCUCAAGGAGAUGGACGCGUGCAUCAGCAACCUGUGGAUGAAUAGGGACGAGGACGCCUUCACGCAGCUGCUGCACCUGCUGCUCAGCGAGCGCGUCAGUGUUGACUACAGGCACAGCGAGACGACUGCCACGCCGCUGAUGGUGGCCGCAGGACAUGGCUUCAUUGGCAUCGUGGAGCAGCUGCUCCGGAUGGGGGCCAACGUCAACGUGAAGGCCUCCAACGGCAUGAACGCUUUCGACUGGGCGAAGAAUUUUAAUCACUUGGAAGUGGUGGAGCUGAUGGAAUCGUUUGUAGCCUCGGUGGGCGAGGGGGGGCCUGACGAGAGCACGCUGGCCAACGCCAGCACGGAGCUGAGCCCCGAGGAGCGCGAGCUGCUCAGCGUCUACCACCACACCUUCGACGACGACAAGGUGGACCUCGAUCUCAUCCUGCACCUCCUCAACCAGAUCUGCCAGGGCUCCAGCGAUGGAGCUGUGCUGAUUUUUCUGCCGGGCUACGAUGAGAUCAUCACCCUGCGGGACCUCAUUCUCUGCGAUGACAAAAGAUUUGCGGAGCAGAGCCACAAGUUCCACGUGUUCACCCUCCACUCCAACAUGCAGACGUGUGACCAGAGGAGAGUUCUCAAGAGCGUGCCGCCAGGAACCCGCAAAAUUAUCCUGUCGACGAAUAUAGCGGAGAGCAGCAUCACGGUGAACGAUGUGGUGUUCGUGAUCGACUCGGGGAAAGUGAAGGAGAAAUCGUACGACGCGCUCACCUCGGUCACCAUGCUCAAGACGGUCUGGAUUUCCCAGGCCAGCAGCCUCCAGAGGAGGGGCAGGGCUGGGAGGUGUCGCCCCGGCAUCUGCUUCCACCUGUUCAGCAAGGUGCGCUUCCAGAACAUGCUCGAGUUCCAGACCCCCGAGCUGCUUCGAGAGCCGCUGCAGGCGCUGUGCCUGCACACCAAGCUGCUGGCGCCCACCUGCAUGCCGAUCGCCGAGUUCCUGGCCAAGGCUCCGGAUCCCCCGCCCAAUCUCAUCGUCCGCAACGCCCUGCAGAUCCUCAAGGCGAUCGACGCGAUGGACAACUGGGAGGACUUGACGGAGCUGGGUCAUCACCUGUCAGACCUGCCCGUGGAGCCUCACCUAGGCAAGAUGGUGCUGUACGGCGUCGUGCUCAAGUGCCUCGACCCCGUGCUCACCAUCGCCUGCUCGCUCGCCUACCGCGACCCCUUCACGCUGCCCAGCCAGCCGGCGCACAAACGCGCCGCCGCCUUCUCGCGCAAGAAGCUCGCCGCUUCCACGUUCAGCGAUCACAUGGCCCUGCUCCGGGCAUUCCAGGCGUGGCAGAAGGCGUGCGCCGACGGCUGGGAGCGCUCGUUCUGCGAGCGAAGCUUCCUGAGCCAGGGCACCAUGGAGAUGAUCUUCGGCAUGAGGUCGCAGCUGUUGGGUCAGCUGCGUGCGUCCGGUUUCGUGCGGGCGAGAGGCGGGGGCGACAUCCGCGACCUCAACACGAACUCGGAGAACUGGCCGGUGGUGAAGGCGGCGCUGGUGGCGGGGCUCUACCCCAACGUGAUCCACGUGGACCGCACCAGCCACACGCUCACCACGCAGCUCGAGCGCAGGGUGCGCCUCCACCCUUCCUCCGUGCUCGACCAGCCCGGCUUCAAGAAGUCCUCCCCCUCGGAGGAGGGCAUUCCGGAGGGAGUGGCGGCGCUUCCCACGGACUGGCUGGUGUUCGGCGAGAUGACGCGGAUGCACCGCCUGGCGAGCGCUCGCUGCGUCACCGCCGUGAGCCCCGUGGCGGUGGCUCUGUUCGCCGGCCCCUCUCGCCUGCCCGCCUCCGCCCUCCAGGGACCGUCAUCGACGCACGUGGAGGGGAUUCCCUACGACAGCAGCGACAGCGAGAUGGAGGAGAUACCGUCGGUGAAAACGGCCGUUUUGCAUCUCGACGAGUGGAUCAACUUCAAGUUGGACCCCGAGGCGGCGAACCUGCUGCUGCAGCUGCGGCAGAAGUGGCACACGCUGUUCGUGCGCCGCAUGCGGGCGCCGUCGCGCGCCUGGUCGCAGGCGGACGAGGCGACGGUGAGCGCCGUCAUCGCGGCGCUCGCCUGCGAGGACGAGGCCCUCGGCCUGCAGCAGCCCACCGGCAUCGGCCAGCGGCCGCGGCCGGUCGUUCCCGAGGAGCCGCACUUUGCGCCGUCCACGACGGCGCGGGGGGCCGCGCCGAGGUGUUCGCCCCCGGCACCCGCGGUGGCGGCGGCGGCGGCGGCGGCGGCUUCGUGGAGGGCCGAUCGCAGCCGGAAGAGCGGCGGUGGUGGCGGCAAUGGCGGCGGUGGUGGUGGUGGAGCCGGUGGUGGUGGUGGGGCCGAGACGACUGAGGAGUUGCUGGUGGCCGAGAUGUCCAGGGUGGUGCUCCCCCCGCCCGGGUUCCAGCAGCUGAAGCCGCAGCAGCAGCAGCAGCAGGGCCCGCCGCUCCUCGAUCGUCGGUCGGCCGCUCACAGGGGCAACGGCGCCAUCGCUGCCGCCGCCGCCGCUCCCCCUGUCGCCGCCUCACCGCCCGCCUCCGCCAAGGGUCCGAAGCCUCCGUCUCCGCGGCGGGCGCCGGCGAGCGUGCGCUACUUCGUCAUGAAGAGCAGCAACAUGCGCAACCUGGAGCUGUCGCAGCAGAGGGGCAUCUGGUCGACGACGCCUGCCAACGAGCAGAAACUGAACCGCGCGUUCCUCUCGUGCCCCGUCGUCUACCUCGUCUUCUCCGUGCAAGGCUCCGGACACUUCCAGGGCUACGCGCGCAUGGUGUCGGAGAUCGGCAAGGAGCGUUGCCAGGAGUGGGGCUCCCCCGCGCUGGGCGGAGUGUUUCGGGUGCUGUGGCUGUACUUGGGCGGCAUCCCCUUCCAGCAGGUGCAGCACCUGCUCAACCCGUGGAACGACAACAAGAGGGUGCAGAUCAGCCGCGACGGGCAGGAGCUUGAGACUCAGGUUGGAGAACAGCUGCUCAAGUUGUGGGACAGAUGGCCCCGUGCCGGUGGCGGCGGCGGCGGCGGUGGUGGCGGUGGUGGCGGCGGUGGUGGCGGUGGUGGUGGCGGUGGUGGCGUGGGUGCCACUGGCGCCGCUGCCAGUGCUGAUGACUACACGGCGGAUCUAAUUGGAAGCAGAGAAACACGCACCCCGGCAGAUGGGAACCCCCUCUACUCGAGGGCUGUGCGAGACUUGGAACAGCAGGCCGCUGCAAGUCAGUCCCCUCUGCAGAUGCCGAGGUACUAACCAGCAGCCUUGCCGAGCGGACACACCGCGCGCCGUGUGUGCGUGGGCGAGUCCUCUGGUACGGGGAGCAGCGGUGCAGCGGUUAGCGCGCUUGCGCUAUGAACCCGGCGGCCCGAGUUCGAUUCCUGCUCAUGGCCAACAGCAAGUGAUGAUUUGCCUGCACCAGUCCUGGGCCCUCCCCUGGGUCGAUUCAGCCUUAAAUGAGUUCCUGGUGCGGUGUGUAAAAAUCGCCGCGAGGGAGACAAAGGCGGCCGGGCGUGGUGCUGGCCACCCACCCCCUCGUGUGCCGUGCCGACCUUCAUAGCUGCGCGCUCACAGCACUUGUCCCAACAGUCUGUUAAAGGCUAUAUGGGGGAUCUUUGUCUUUUAUUACUUGAGUGCUCUGGUGUUUUAAAUUUUCCGGGCAUUUAAUACGAAACAAACAACACCACGCCUUACUGAGUGUUGGUAUUGUCUCAAUCAAGGUGUGUGUGUCACCUCGUCUCAACUGUGAAGUACGAACCACGUCGUGUACGCCCGUGGGCAUGCGUGCCUGUGCAUGCCUGUGCACGCGUGCGCAUGCGUGCCUGUGCAUGCGUGUGCAUGCGUGUGCAUGUGUGCGUGUGCGUACAUGCGCGCGCAUCUUCCUCACCACUCCUCACAACAACUAGCGGAGCGUCGGGCUGCUGAAACGCAGCGAGUUGCCACAGGCGGUGCUGCUUCUGUCAUCGCGGUCGGUCAAACCCACUGCACUCGAAUUCUGUCCCGUGACCUGCCUGCGAGCCCCGACACGUGGCCUCGAAGUGCACCCGGCCUGGCGCAAGCGCCGUGGUGACGUCGCCGCCACUUGCUGGGGAACGGCGGCUGUUGCUGUUUGCCGUCUUUCCCCGUCUGAACAUUUGCCCGAGCGCAGCAGAGGGACGUCCUGCGGUGACACCUCACGCUGGCGUAAUCGUUCGCGUCUUGAGUGGAGAAAGCGAGUAACACAAUGACCAAGCGGAUAGUACGCCUCAUUCACAUAUCUGCCCGUCCAUGUACAACAUGUUAGUAAGUUUAUAUUCACUCCCAUGAGGCUGUGCAGCUGAUGAGAAGGCAGUACAGCAAAGUGCCGACUAAUAUCAUCUGUCCCUUCCGUAGGGGGUAGAAUGAUGCUCACUUGCACGUGUGGGUUUACCCCGGGUGCUCUGGUUUCCUCACGUAUACUCUUUAACUGGUUGACAAACACCUUAAUAUAUAGUGCAUCGCAGAGCUUGGACAAUUGUUGGUUAUCGCCAUCCCAGCACCUGGCUGCUGCCUUCCCGCUUCUCUGUGGCUACUCGGCGAUUUCGAGAGAUGGAAUUGGCAUGAAUGGUGAUGCUGUUAUAUCUGAAGCUAAACAUUACAAGGUGUAAAAAAAACUAAAUAAUUUUACGCGGAGGGACAGAUCCGUGACAGAGGCUCAUUGUUGUCUGCUUAGUUGUUGGGUUAUAUCCCACGGUAGUGCGGCUAUAAGCGUCCGAAACGAGGGGUCCCUUCAGAGAGGUCACCGAUUCGUUGCGGCCGGCGAUCGCGUGGCUUCCAGAAGCCGUCCUGCAAAUCUUCAGCCGCAAAUGUAAUCAUUGUCAUCGUCACAUUGGCUUUUAAAGUCCUCAGGAUCUUCAAAAGUGAGAUCCUUGAAUGAACGUAACACGUAGUAAGCGGUACGUUUUUUCAGCCAAUGUUACGAUUUAGUUUUUGUUGGGUUAGGCCGCGUAAUGAUCCGGCCAAAUUUGUCGUAAGACCCUCCACCACCCGACACAGCCAAACAAAUAAAAUCGUCACGUUUACAAGCGUUCAACAACGCACGCCGAUUGUUAUUGUCUAAGCCUACUCACCGCUGAGGUUGAAGAGCAAACUCUCACAGCCAAGGUUAGUCAUUUAGACGUCCGACGUUUUCCUUGAAUCUACACCAAGCGUGUUUCGGGGGACAUUGCGUCCUAGUCUGUAGGCCGCUGUCAUUUAGGGUUUGUGGCGGGCGAAAUCCCCGACUCAAAACGGAACGCGACGUCGCAUCGCCGCUACCCAACGGGGAGGCGUCACAGCUCGCGCCGGCCGGCGGGUGCCGCUCGCCCCGUCGGCCCUCCCACGCUCGCCCAAGAAGUGGUCACAGAUUGUUCAUUCUGGCGGGGAGCGCCGUCGUCGAUUGACGCCGUCUCCCGCUGUCGUAACGUCAAGGCCGUGGUGCCGGCUUGUUUUGUUGUUUACUGCGCCACGCAUUGUUGUUAUUUCGUGGCUUUAAAGGAGCCGCAGCGGUGGACUGAGAGUGGGAAACCUCGUUUCGUUUUUUUAAAUUCCCGCGGUCGAAAUGCCGCGGCGUUAUUCAACACGGCGUUGGUUGCGCGCUCAUUCGGCGCCGCCGUGAUGUCGAUGCUGCUUCUUGCGAGACCUCAAUCGUAUUGAGCUGCCUCGGUUUAAUCAUUGAGGGGGGGGGGGGGUCUGUAAAUGUUUAUUUUAUUGUCCCCCACGCGAUUUAAAAUCUGAGUUGGCUCGGACUCCCGUUCACUUCUCUUGUUCGGCCCAACUUGUGUUGUCCACGUCGUGCGUGCGCAUCGUUAGCAACCGGAGGCAGCAACAUUGGCGGUCCUUGCGGACAUGUACGUGUGUUUCGUCACUUCCAUUCUUGCCGAUCCACUGCCAGAUGAGGGCCUCCCUACACCAAGCCACUGUCAUCACCACCACCACCAACUGGACAUUGGAUUGGUAAAUCAUCAUUUUCAUCAUCAUAAGCACGAUUUUACAAAGGCGUACCCACGUCGGAUGGAGAGACAAACCUUCGCGGGUCAACACACGGCAUUGAACGUGCGCAGUGUAACCCACCCUCCGGUAAAUCCGCUGCCGGAUGAGUCGUCUGCCCACGCUGUGCGCGGCGCGUGGGGGUUUUAUCACCAUGCUCAUUCGCCGCGCGCGUUGGUGCGGGUCGGCCAAGGUUGGCGAGGGGACGCGACGACAGACAGGUGCUCCGCAGCUAUGGAUCUUCUCCACCGUCCUCUGCUGCCCACCACACUGCUCCGCAGCAGCGGCAGCCUGGAGCCGGCUGCGUCUCUUAUGCUUUGGGCUCGCCCCCUAGCUUAGUCCCAGUGGCGGGGAGAGGGGCGCGUCGUUCCGGACGAACCGCUUCUCGACGUUUCUGUACUCUGCGGUAAUUGCCGCUCGGAGUAAGAUGCGAGAGACACGCGAGAAACUGAACCGUACGCGCCUGGGCUGUGCGUUUGACCGCCCUUUUAAAGUUCCGUUAUUGUGUUUUAAAAUUAUUCUGUUCACGCGAUCCCCGCAUCCGCUGAGGGGCGACCGUCAGGGACGUGGAAUACGACCACGUGACUUUUACCCGGCCGCCCUUGGAACGGCCCGCAAAGUUACAUUUGACCGUCGCUGCGAUCGUCUCGGCCGCACCCCGAUCGAAACUAAGUAGUUGAAGGUAUCUAUCUUUAAGAUAAUCUGGAAAACGAGAACUUUAGAUCAAAGCCAGUCCACUCCCGUCGCUGCAAGGGCCUUGUUAUACUCUUUGGUUAACACACACACAUAAGUGCGCGUUGUUGUGUUUGCGUUGUUAUUGGAUAAACGCCGGCGCGUGCGUGCGCAGUUGCCUACCAGCCGUAUUCGCCGUGCCCCGCCCUCUACGAUCACAAUGGAGACGUGAAUCCCGAAAGGCAUGGUGACCUCCCCAUCGUUUUGACGGCCGUUGUUCUGAUUGCAAGGGGAGAGAGGGACGUGGCCAUACCCUGAGGCGUGUGUCGUGUCCACUGUUGGUCUUUUAGGUCUCCGUCAGAAAGCUGCUUUUGGAAAUGCGUUGCGUUUGAAACACAGCGCUCAAAGUUUGCGUUUUUUUCUUUUAUCCGCAUGAAAACUGUUGUGGUUGUGUGAUGAGAAGUUUGACAAAAUUAAAAAUGUUCAGUCAAGGUUGUAUCGCUGUCAUAAAGUUUCCAAGAAUCUCUCAAGAGUCCAACGAUUUUUGAUUGAGAUGUUCUAUUUCUUUUUACGAACGUCUCACUUUGCUAAAUUCACGACGUAAAAGGUGCAGCCCCGCAAUUCUUGGCUCACGCCACUGCUGGCAGAAGGGGCCUCUACUCGAAGGAGCUCGGCAGCCCCUCUAGAAGAGGUUACUCUGGCCUACUCCUCCACUCUGACCUGAUGUAGCAGUGGGAGUACCCACACUUUGCCCCACCACCACACGUGACCUGCCGAUCGACUGCGCUUUCAACCUUAAUCCUGUUUAAAAUUGUUAUCUUCGUGAAAAUUGUUGAAAACAAAGUUCUCUUUAAGAAAAUGUACAUUUUAACUUUCGUUUACGUAUCCUCAAGUGUUUUGCCAUUGCCGAAGUGGUUUGCUCUUCUCUCCCGCGAGCACUUUAAUGAAUGACGCUGUUGGCGAAGGCGCACGAACAGAAAAACAACAAUCGCCGCGUCUCCCCGGGACGACUCGACACGGCCGUCAACGACGCUGCCCCGAAAUGAAACGCGAUAAGCAGACGAACCGCCUACCACCUCGCCGUAGAAGGGCUAUUUCCUGCAACGUCGCCCCAUUUCAUUGUCUUUUAUGCGCCACUCCCAGCAUAGUAUCACAAAUAAAAUGUGUUCCUUGUUUAAUGGGCCGAGUCAGGGUUCUUCAACUUCAUUUUCUGCCCGGCCACUUAAUAAAAUUAACAACGUAAUGAUGAUUUACAGUGCUGUCAAUUGCAUCUUUCCGUGGCCACUUAGGUGAUCAAUAACAGCAAUUGUUCGGUCUGAUUUCAUCUGUCUCGUCUGUAGCUCAUGCCCAGAGCUCUCCGACAGCUGCCUCCCGUUCUUGAGCCUCUUGUCAAGUCACUAAUCUCUAUUCUCCAAUUCUCAUCUCGCUCGUUUUUUCCCCCUUUCAUCUCGGCGACGUGAUCCGGCAGUGGCGCGUUCGCCACUCACCGCAAGAGGGGUACGCGGUUCGACUCCAGGCCGCCCCGGUUAAUACGGCGUCUGUGUAUUAAACCUAAUGCAGUCUGUUCUAGAACGCCGCGGGUUUUAAUUACGUGAAUUGGAUUAUACAAUGCGAUGAAUGUAUUGGGGAAGACUUUUUUUGACGACGCGGAUGCGAAGUGUGAUGUAACGCGAUCGAGUGAACGGUACGACGCCGCUCCAGUAAGAGUACGCGGCGGUUACGGCUGCCUCGUAGCAUCGCACGAAGCAGGACGCUGCUUGAUGCUCCGAGAAUCUCGAUGCUACCCACGCGCCUCGGUCUGUGUGGCCUGCGUACGCAUCUCACGUGUUAUCGCGCACUGUGCUUUACCCCUUUAUUAUAUUUUGUUGUAUUAUAAGGCGAUUUUGCCAUCACGCGGUGUUCUUCGGGAGCGCAACUACCACCGCUUUAUCGGAGGACAGACUUUUGGCUAUGCCACAUAAACCGUCGUAGGCGUCCAAAUUUAAAAAAUUUACACCGCAAAUAGCGCAUUGGAACGACACCGCUCCCCGCUGUGAAACCACUUGCAGACUGCGUCCGCGAAACAGCAGCGCCUUCAUGAUAGCAAAGUGCUGUAAGAAUGAUAGCGCCGAUACAGAUGUACUCAUUAAAUUACUCCCUCUUGCUUAGCCUUAAUCUCACUCGUCUUUAUCUCUUGCCUCUAGGUCUCUCACCAGUCUUGUUUCGCUUCCAUCUUUAUCUCUUGUCUACAACAGCUCUCUCUCUCUCUCUCAUCCGUGUCUCUUGUUUAGCUCUUUGAGCUCACUAAUCUGGACCACUUUUACAUUAUCUCGGGGUGCCAUAGCCAGGCAGGUCACUCCAAGAGCCUUCAGCCACAGAUGUGGCCCAUGGGCCUCCAGUUGAAGAGCCUUGUGCUCACAGAUCAAAGAUGUCUUUGCCUCUUGACACCACACUUUUUCCGAUGUGGCCUGUUAAAAUGUUUCGUUGAAUAAGACGUUGUAAAGAAACCAAUCCGCGUCAGCAUCUUUGUGAUCUUGGUUUUUGACAGACGGUACAGAAGGCAGAAGCCACCGUAAAAAAAUUUACUUGUUACCAACAGCCCAAAGUCAAGAGUUUCUCGAGUACCAGCAUGCAAUGCGUGUCGACGAGGAUUGUUGAACUGUAGCUUGUUAGAACCGGUCACCAUUUUGAGAAUCGUUUACCAGUUCGUGAAUUCGGGAACCGACCGGCGUCCGUUUCCAGAUUGAACGGUGGAAAACGAACACGCGCCGACUGGCACGCGCGUGCACGGACAUGCGAACUGCACGGCGGCCUCGGUCACCGCCGUGGGCAACGUGUGCCCUGGAGAUGGGGUAACAUCGCAACGUUCUGGAUUGCAAGUCCAGUGCGCUGCCAACCAUUACGCUGCCCUUCAUUCCUCGGUUCAGAGAUUGAUUCGCUACGUUUGUUGCUGGACGUUUCGAUCAGUAAUCCAGUUCGUUUCGCGUGGUUACUGGUUGUUGCGGGGAAAAAACAACGAUUUAAACAACCCAAGAAUCGAUAAACUAUGCUGAUACUGCAUUGUGCGUACGUGUGUAUGUUGAAUUCUUUUGCACCGUACGUAGCCGACCGUGCUAACCAGGAGCAUUGGCAGCGGUGCGCAAUCAAUCAAUAGCGCAUAUAUAUUUGUACUCAACAAAAACAAACCCAACAAUCUCCGCCAGUAACACUGCAGCCCUAAAGCGUGUGUACAACAGGCGUCGUCGUCGGGGGAAGCGGCUCGUCUUCCCACGGAGGUUCCAUCUCUCUUCUCGUCGCUCGGCUGCCGAUGUCGACGCUGAGCAACAAACGACAAUUCCACAAUUCAGGUGGUCUAGCCAGAUAGCCGCGUCAGGAGCAGCGGGGGAGUGUAUCAUCGUCGCCGCGACGGACUCCGUCGUGUCUGUGGAGGGGUUCGGAGAGGCAGAGUGGAUCAGCGGCGCUGAACAAUAGUGCGGCGCUAUCGUUCAGUGCCGCCUCAACUCCACUCUGCCGCUCGUUGUGUGUACGCCGUGCAGACGGGGCCACAUUGCCCAAACGUCGCCCGUUGUCUAGCAGUGCUGUUGACCAAUGUGUUCAGUUUUCUCGUCGACAAGCUACUUUGCCCCCCCCCCCCCUUUGUUGAUAGCAUCUACCGUUAAGCAUUCCCUAAUAAGAAAGCGAUUCUCACGAUGUAAACGGAGCACUUUACGGUGCAGCCACGGACCAGUUUGAUUGGAUGCUCAUUAAGACAGCUUGUCCGUUUGAAAAACCGCAAGCGUUGCACCUUUAUUGAAGCGUGUUUAGAAUGUUAACACCUCGGCACCGUUUCCGAGUUAAAAAGAGAAUGAGGCUUCGUGAUAUGAAGGCACGUGCUGCUGCUGUUCCUUGUGACAAAGCGUGUAAAUAAAACAGCGAGUUUCAUGCA